AUGCCAAUUUUGAAGCUGCAUGUAAACAUUGGAUGGCCCGAUAACCUGUACAAUAUCUCACUAGAAAUUAUUAUCUUCUCUUUCGUAUAUCUGAGUCCAUGUUCAGGAGGAAAUCUAUAUUUAUACUCCGGCCCGCAAGCCCGGAGGCCAAAUGGAGGCAAACAAGGGACAAUGCAUGCACUCACGCCAGCUCUCUAUCACCUAGAUUCGCAGCAUACUAUCGCUACCUUCAAAACUAUGGGUUCUGGACAAUCAAAAUAUGGCUUGACACGCAACAGCAGCAAGUACCAACAAUACCCCUACGCUCCUCCGGGGUAUCCUAAUCCAUAUACGCCUUAUAUGCCGGGGUAUGGACCUCCAGGUUUCGUGCCGCCACCCUAUCCUCCUCAGCAGGGGGGCUUCAUACCACCAGCGGCGCAGUUUGGGCAAGGUGCUAUGAUGCCGCCUCCCAUGCUCAACUGGCUCCCGCAGGAUAAAGAUCGAAAGAGAAAAUCGAAGCGGAGACAGUCUGACAGAUUUGUGGGAGGAUUCAACGCGGAAGAUCCACGGCGACAGGAAGCGCCAACACGCCGCGCUCGGUCAAUGUCCCAGUCACGGAACCAAGGGCCUCCGGUCAUUCCUACUCCACGACCAGCUGCCCCAGCUGCGCAGGGUCCCAAUCGUCGAGCGCCUACACCCUUCGUACCAAGAAGGACUCGGGAAGACGAGGAUGAUGAUGACGAGGAGGACAGGCCAAGAUCAGGAGCAGGCCAUGCUCGUACCCCAUCCCGACAGUCCACUGUUCGCUAUCCCGACCCCCCGCCUAUCCGAGGAGAUAUCGGACACGUUCUCGAGCCUCUAGAGGCAGCCAGCGCCGCUGCAUUUGGCCCUACAGGUCCACGACCAAGAACACCUCUGUCCAAUCCUCUUCCUCCACCUCCGCGAGAUCUUUAUGAGAUGACACCGUACAAGUCCCUACUCAGCCUACCCCAGACGACUGCACUCCUCACGGCAACAUACGGCCCUGGGCAAUUUAACACAGCGGGUGCACUGAACCCACAGCCCACCGUCAAACGAAAGAAGUCAGGCAAGGGUCUCUUCCGCGCCUUCAGCAGGAAGGAGAAGCAGAAGGAGCCGGAGCAGCCGCAAGUGCGAUUCAUUCCUGUCUUCGUGCCUGCCGACAAACGACCGGAGGGUGGGGUGGGGGCGCUGGCUGGCACGACGGCGGCCCCGCUCCAAUCCAGUACCUCUCUGCAUCGAGUCCCAUCCCAGAUGAGCCACCACACUCGCCCCGUCACACCCGGUCAACCCACCGGCACGACCGAGCAAUUAACCGCUGGACCCGACCAAGGCGCUUUCGUCAUGCACCCUCCUCCUGGUUCCGGUCCUGCACCUCCUGGCGGCCCAGACGGUUCGCCGCAUCCCUCAAUAGCGCCUGUGCCCCCGGUGCCUAGCAGCCCUCCUGCGAUUCGGUUCGACCAGGAAAGCCCUAACCUGCACAUGUUUAUGAACCACUCGCCACACCGGAUCUUGUGGCAGAACAAGAUCUACCCAUCGGCUUUGCACCUGCACGAAGCGCUACGCUUCCUCGACCACCGGCCGGAUAUCGCAGAGAUGAUCAGAAACACGCCAGAGGUGCAUGAUGUGUACCCGCUGUCAAUGUCGUACCAGCAGUUCCAGCGCCCUGACUGGUCGCAGAAGUAUCAGGAUUUCAUGGAUGAAGUGCUGUACCAGAAGUUUAGGCAACAUCCUGACCUGCGAAUGACGCUCCUCGCGACGGGCACCGCGCGCCUGAUAUACCAGGAUACGAAUGACAACUUCUGGGGUGCUGGCGCCGAUGGGCUUGGUGGUAACAAUCUUGGUCUUGCGCUCUGCCGUGUGAGAGACAAGUUGCUCAAGGAAGGACAUCAGCCCUUACCUGCCUUCAAUGCCAGCUGA